AGGGGAGACCGCGUCGUCAGGGGAGCUCCCAAGAGACUCAACUUAGAGGCCCCGCUAUCUUGGAACGGAAGUGCGACACCGACCGACCGGCAGGGGCAGGAGCUAAAGCGUCUCGAAGCGGGCACAAGCUCUCGAGGGUUCUUCGCAUUGUGUGCCCCGAUCACUUAUUUCUGUCAGCCUGCGAUCGAGUCGGACGAGAGUGGGGCCUUCGCACGUCGGCGAUUUGGCGCAGGAAUUUGCAAUUUGCGCUCCGGGAGCGAGAGUGAGAGUGAGAGAGCGAGAGCGAGAGCGAGAGAGCGAUAUGGGACUGACGGAGCCUUCCGAUUCCGAGGCCUUGACGCCCUCCGGGCAUGGGCCGGACGAGGCGAGUGAGGUGAGGUCGAGUGCUAGUUCCACGCUGAUGUUCGCUCCAUGGCAAAGUGCAGUGGACGAGGGCUUCUGGCACCGAAUGGCAUCUUUCAAGCUCGAAACUCAGCGCCUGGAUGAGCAUCCAGUUCCCGUUUCUGGAUUCUUUGCCCCAUGCAGCCAUCCACAAAUACCUUCUCACCUCCAGCUUUUGGAAGAAUCCUUGCCUCCUGAUCCUGGCGGAUCGAGCAGUACAAGCCAUUCGGCAGUCAUAGGCAAUAGAAAUAAAUGUCCUGCACCAGGGACCCUGUACAAUACCAAUACAUUAGAAAGCUUCACGGGAAUGGACCGACCAUCUUUGCUGAAAAGUGCAGCACUGCAGAUAUGGGAGGACAUCCAUUCCGGAAAGGCUGAAGAGGACAGCAAUGUGUUGAACCGGUUUUUGUUGAUAUCAUUCGCAGAUCUAAAGAAGUGGAGUUUUCUCUAUUGGUUUGCUUUUCCUGCGAUCGUCCUCACACCUUCGGCCACAGUCUCCUCCUGCACACCAGUAUCAAUGGCUUUUUCCGAGGAGGAGUCUACAGGUAUCCGAGGAGCUUGCUCAGAGUGGCGGAGCACAGAAACAACUGCAAGUUCCCCUUUCUUUCUUCUGCACUUCACCUCCGAUGGAGCCGUCAAUGCAAGACCCAUCAGAGAUUGGAAAGUUGCUAAUGAAGAAGGCGGAAAGGUGAUUUCGGCGUACUAUGACCCGUACAACCGCACUUAUCCAGGAUGGCCUCUCCGUAACUUUCUCGCUUUGGCAGUAGUUCGUUGGGAAGUUACAGAACUUCGAGUUUUGUGUUAUCGAGAAAAACGUGGUUUCCUUGAUCCAGAACUUUCUCUAGUUGUGGAUGUUGAGCUUCCUAAAAUUCCAGAAUGGAAAGUUCAAGGCUUCAUACCAAAAGGUGUCGGUUGGGAACUCAACAGCCGUGGAAAGGCUCGACCUCGAAUUGUUCAUCUGGCCGCCUCUAUGGACCCGGAGAGGGCAGCCAAUCAAGCUGCAGACUUAAAUUUAAAAUUGAUGAGGUGGCGACUGCUUCCAUCUCUAAAUAUACCUCUUCUGUCCAGUACAAAGUGUCUUCUUUUAGGGGCUGGCACACUCGGUUGUCAUGUGGCAAGAAAUUUACUGCCUUGGGGUAUACGACAUAUUACCUUUGUAGACUACGGUAAAGUAGCAAUGUCAAAUCCCUGUCGUCAAUCUCUCUACAACUUGGAGGACUGUCUUAAUGGCGGAAAGCCGAAGGCGGAAGCUGCUGUUGCUAGCUUGAAGCGAAUCGGUCCAGUGGAAGCUAGAGGACUGUGCAUGUCUAUACCCAUGCCUGGUCACAGUGUGGGACCUGCGGAGGUGGACUCAGUGCUAGCUGACUGUUCCCGUCUCAAGGAGCUUGUUGAUGAGCAUGACAUAGUUUUCUUGUUGACGGAUACCCGUGAGAGCCGCUGGUUGCCUACGCUUCUCUGUGCUGCGGCUAACAAGGUAGCGAUAAAUGCAGCCCUAGGAUUUGACUCAUUCCUUGUUAUGCGGCACGGGGCUGGUCCUGCCUUUCUAGAACCAGAAAUUUCGAAUUCAACUGAGGACGAAAUUUCCGCGCCAACUUACGAUGGUCGCUUGGGCUGCUACUUCUGCAACGAUAUUGUGGCUCCAUUGGAUUCUACAGCAAAUCGGACUUUAGACCAGCAGUGCACAGUCACACGACCUGGUCUGGCUCCCCUUGGAGCUGCCCUGGCCGUUGAGAUGGCAGUGAGCCUGCUUCACCAUCCUCGAAGGAUAUUUGCUCCAGCAGCUCAAGCAGUGGCAAUAACAGAUGCAACUGUUGAAGCCCUCGGAAUCUUGCCUCAUCAAGUCAGGGGCUUUCUGGCACAUUAUACCCAACUGGUUGUUACGGGAGCAGCUUUUGACAAGUGCACGGCCUGCUCGUCAAUUGUGGUCGAUGAGUUUAAGAAAAGGGGUAUGGAAUUUGUUCUCGAGGUGCUAAAUCGUCCAAAUUAUUUGGAAGAUUUGACGGGCCUGACAGAGAUGUUGGCUGCAACUCAGGGCUUGACCCUCGAUUGGGACGAUGAGGAUGAUGAGAUGUAGAAAGUCUAGAGGAAUGCACAGUUUGAAGAUUCUAUUGUAGAAAGGAAAUCUCGGAGAAAAUGCAGGGAGUUGUACAGAUUUUUGCAGAGGGUUGUUCAUACCUUUGCCUGUUAAGUUUACUGAUGAUCAGUUGGAUUGUAGGUCAAAUCAUUGCUCCCCUCAUAUUGUCAAAGGCAGAAAAGAUUGAGGCCUUGAGAUGUAUUCUACAUGCAGCUUGUACCUAUAAGAGUCUGAAAUGUAUUCUCAAACCCCUCUUAGCUCAGAGUUGGUGACCGUGCAGAUCAAUUGAAGUUUGUCUAUAGCUUGAACAAACUUGCACAAACUUCAAUCCAACCUUUGUCCUGCACUUUCAACGGUUGUCAGUUGUAAGUAUCUGAAGACGCAAAACAUUCACCAACGCUAGCAUCUGUGUGCGACACUAUGGAGCUUGUUAAUCUGCUCACCCGUAACAAGAUCUAUUAUGAACAUAGUGUCUGCUGCAAGCGCAGUUGUGAGAUCAAUGGAGGGUCAUUAU